AUGUGCGAGCGUUCAAACACGUUUGACUUCCACUUCCUGCAAUUACUUCAGGAAAUCCGCCGCAAGAGCAGAAAUGCGCCACCGGAAGAGUACGCUGAGAACAUUGCCUCUGAAGCCUUGUCUCUCUUUGCUCUUCUCAUCAACCUACGUCAUUCCAUGUUCAUCCACGAAUUUUCGGUAAAGGGCCUGGGAAAAGAUGCGCUUCUCGAAUCCUGGAUCGGCAAAUUCCCAAACGAAAUCAUCCCCGAGUUCUGGCAUGAAUUCGAGUCUAAAGAUCCAGAUAUUGCCCACAUUGUCGGUGUGGAUUUCAGAGAGAAGCUUCCGCGCUACUGUCCCCCAAUCCUGGAUUCGCCCGCAUACGUCGAAUGGGGCCCUGAUCGUAUUCUUCCUUUCAUGAACGAAGAAUUGAUAGGAGAGACUGGCAACAGUAAAGUCUAUUGUUUCGAAAUUCACGAUGAGUACCGCAACUUCAAACAUUACCCAAAUGUCAGGAAAUUCGCUCGGAAGGAGAUAUCGAAUCGCUUUUCCAUCUCUCUAGUAGAAGCAGUAAAAAAGAGCGAAAAAGACGACAUGGCACGGCAAGAGAAGCAGGUUCUACAACGCAUCGGAUACGCACAAGACCCACAUAUUGUGAGAAUGAUCAAGACGUAUAAGCACGGCGACAGCUUCAACAUCGUGUUCCCAUGGGCCAAGACGAAUCUCGACGACUAUAUCCGAAAAUCCGAGCCUCAUCAAGCGCAUAAGUGCCGCAUAGAGUCUGUAGCGGAAUGUUCAUUCUGGAUCCAACUACGGGGAAUCACGCAAGCGUUGUCAAAGGUCCACAACAUUGAUCAGUUGGGAUCUGCCGGUCAAAGGGAUGUUCGAGACAAUGAAAGGGAUUUCGGAGUCCACAGUGACCUCAAGCCAUCCAACAUCCUUGUCGAGGAGGACGGCAGAUGGGUCAUCUCUGACUUUGGGCAAGCUACGUUCCGAACGCUCCACUCGCGCGACGAAACAUCGAGUAUCCGGAACAGAGGAGGCACUGCUACUUAUGCUCCACCCGAAUUCGAACAUGGCACUCACAAACGGGCCUUUGACAUCUUUUCCCUUGGAAUUAUUUUUCUGGAGGUGGCGGCCUUUGUCAUCCGUUCUUACGAGGGCCUUGUAUCAGAGGAUCAAGACCAUCCCGGGCUCGAUAACGCUCGUAAGACAGUAGACAACGAUCCCCACAUAGGUGAUAACUAUCGCUUCUACGUGAAAGACCAAAGUGACAGAUGUCACUUGAAAGAAGGGAUAACAACUUUUAUGCAAGAUCUCCAACGCCGCGUCUCCAAAGACUCUAAUGAUCAUCUAUUCGUUACCGACCUUCUCGAACUCAUACGCCAAAUGCUCUCCUGUAAUCCCAAUGCAAGGCCACGAGCCCGGGAGGUUGACCUGAAGCUCUCGAAGCUCAUAGAAGAUCACAGCAACGAAGGAAGAAGUAUCCAGGCCACCAAUCUCCAGAGAACACACGUUGAGAGAUACAACCAAAGACUCCAGGAGGUUGGCCGAAUGGGUUCCUACAUCAAACAUGACGGGGUCCGGCAUAGGAUAGUAGUCGUGAUCGAUCCCGCUGACGAAGAUCUCAUUUUAUUCCGGGCGUUCAGUUUGGAGAAUGAUCCCACUGAGUCCUACAGACUUCCCAAGAAAGCUAUUCUGGUACCUCAAUAUGCUUUCGCGACCAAUGAAACAUCCGCCCAGCGCUUCGACAUUACAUUCCCUAGGCAUGAGGACAAUGCGGGAAUCUAUGACCACGAAUUCUACAACGAAGAAGCAGCGGAAGAGUUUCAGUCGAUCCUUACCGGCCAAAUAGUGCGUGCAAGCUUCCCAAUUACCGGCUUCAACUUCAAGGAACGCCAUAGCAGUUUGAGAAAGAUGUUUCCAUUUGGUAGAAGUAAGAAGGCUUCCCGAAAAAUGGAUCAGAACAACGAAACGUCCGCAAGCGACAGUGUCCGUCCCGUCUGCCCCAACCUGGUUCAGCUUUGGGAAGGGGAAGAAGAGGCUUCUUGGCUCUCAAAGGACGCCCCCCCAAAGCUGAGUGUAGGGGAUGAAUUACCGCCCCGCCGUGUUGUCAUCUUUGGUGUUGAGGACGGACGAUCCAUUGCAAUCCUUCGAAUUCACGCCAAUUUCAGGCUCAUCAAACAGUCGGGUCUUAUAGGAAAGUUCUGUCCCACGAACGACGAACGAGAUGACAGAUUCAGCAUGACAAUCCUUAGACCCUUACACAAAGGUGACCCCGGAUCACUUGCGGGGAUACCGAUCGACCCCCAAAAUCUGCUCCGGUGUGAGCGAGAGGGGAAACAGGUUCAAUGCAAAGAGGCCAGCCUCGAGUUUGAAUCUGAACAUAUUCAGCAAAAAUUCGUCCAAGAGUAUUUGAAAUUGAAGAAAGAGUGGGCCGACCUUGGUGGUGCAAAUUUCGACUAA